CUAACCCUGACCUUCCAUAAGUUGCACAAACUGGUGCUUUGGGGCUGAUUGUGGUUGCUAUCAGGACACACUGAAUCUUUACUCAAUUACCUUUGAAACAAAUGAAUGACCAUUGUUUGCUGGAUUCCUGUUGCUCCUCCCAGGUCCCCCCACUCCCUCCCACUUGGGUGCCUGUUGUAAACCUGGCGACAGGCUAAAAUAACCCGAGAUAAGAGAGCUGAGGGCUCGCCUACUUCUCCAAGGCGAUCAAUCGGAUCUCAGGCGUCCUCCAAGCACUCUCUUACGUAUCCCUCCACCAGGAGAGAGAACUGACACUACACAGGGGCUGAUCAGUUCAUCAGCUUUUUACCUGCUUGGUCGCUGAACCAUGUCGUUGAGCCCAAAGCAUACUACACCCUUCUCAGUGACUGACAUCUUGAGUCCCAUUGAAGAGACCUACAAGAAAUUUGGUGGCAUGGAAAGCACUGGAAACCUGAGCAGCCCUUUGGGAGCCUAUAGACAGACACACGUCUCCCAGACUGGCAUGCAGCAGCACAGCAUGGGCCACAAUGCCACCGUGACCACCACCUACCACAUGCCACACAGUGUCUCCCAGUUCUCACAUGGCGCAAUGGGAGGGUACUGCAAUGGGGGCAUUGGGAACAUGGGAGACAUCCCUUCCUAUCAAGACACCAUGAGAAAUAGCGCAGCAGCAACAGGCUGGUAUGGAGCCAACACAGAUCCCAGAUAUUCAACAAUUUCUAGAUUUAUGGGACCGUCUACCGGUAUGAAUAUGGCUGGCAUGGGCACCUUGCAAGGGAUAGCAGAAGCGGCCAAGUCUAUGGCUCCUCUCCAUGCUGCUCCCAGAAGGAAAAGGAGAGUUCUCUUCUCUCAAGCUCAAGUUUAUGAACUGGAGAGGAGGUUUAAGCAGCAGAAGUACCUGUCGGCCCCUGAGAGGGAGCACCUGGCCAGCAUGAUCCACCUCACUCCCACCCAAGUCAAGAUCUGGUUCCAGAACCACAGGUACAAGAUGAAGAGGCAAGCCAAGGACAAGGUCACUCAGCAGCUCCAGCAGGAGAGCAAUUUGUGCCAACAGCAAUCCCCCCGCAGAGUUGCGGUACCAGUCUUGGUGAAAGAUGGCAAGCCUUGUCAGAACAGCUCCAACACAUCCACACCCAACCAGCAGGUCACCCAACAACAAAGUGGCGCCACUGGCGGCUUGUCUUCUUCUAACGCAGUCCAUCAGCACCAGAACCAACAGGUUGGCUCAUUGAGCCAGGCUUCAGAAUUAGAAGAAAUGUCACCUAGUCCACAGUCACUUCACAGUCAGGUUGCCAGUAUGGCACAGAUAGACACCUCAGCUGUAGACUACAGCAACGGGAUGGUCAAUCCUAGCAUGCUUUACGGCAGAACGUGGUAAGGGGAAACCAGCUCUGAAUUAAACUCCAUGUACAGGUGAGGGACAGCAGAUAUAAACACUAUGGCCUUUUUGUGCCCAGGCAUUGUUGCGCAUUAGCAAGGGGAUGGUGCCCCCCUGGUUUACAGGACUGCCUAUAAUGACAGCGGUGGAUGCCUUGAUGCACCUACAGAGAACUAAUGUGGAACUGCUGCUCAGCGCUGGUGUUAUUGGCUGCCCGCCGGCACUUGGCAGAUUUUACUUUGUAGGUGGAGGACGCUCCCAAAAACUCUCGUUUUUAACGAAACUUGGACAAGGAAAUCCGUUUUAUAUAUUUUUUUUGUCUGGGGUAUGCCUAUUUAACAAAAUUAACAUUUACCUGGUAAAGCCCGGUUUAAGUGGACUGAUUCCAACUUAUGUUGUUGGUCUGUGUUUAAUGAUAAUUGUUUUUUUUUGCUUUCGGGUUUUUUUUUUUUUAUUUUUAAUGAAAAACGGAAUUGUGAUUUCCAUACAGUUUUUGUAGAAUUUAUUUUCUUCAGAAUUCGAUUUGGGUGGGGAGUAACAUGAGAUGCAAGUGUAAUAAAAUAUUCACAAAAAAUG